UAAUCUGAUCUUUUGUUUUUUUCCUUCUGCUAGAUGUGUUUAGAGAUAGAGGAUAUAACACAUACAUAUAUUCUUCCUGUGUUUUUGUGGCAAAACAGUUUGGUAUCUUUAGAAUGUGAACUUAUGGAAGGCUCAUAUUAAGGCCAUUCUGGUAAUGAGAAUGCAGUCUCCAAGCAGACAUGAUAUUCUCAUAGUUUGUCACCCUGCUGUUCAGGGGGUACCAAUGAAGUUGCUUUAAAUGGGAAGCGUCUGUUCCAUCUCUGAACCUCUAACACCAGAACAGAUGGGUGGAACAUGGAACAUAGAAGGUUGUACCUCUGAGGUGGUAACAGUGAAGCCACUCAUUAACACUGAAUUUACCACUUCGUUAGCAACAUUGCUUCCUGUUGAGAAAAGCUAAUACAGGCUUUCAGAUUGACUGAGCAUAUAUUUGUCUACCCCUGUGAUUAUAAUAAGUAGGAACACUAAGUGUCUUUCAGGCUACUUUUUUAAAAAUUCUGUUGUCCAUUUCAGAUUUAUGAGACCGUUCCUAUUUGGACAUUUUACCUUUUUAUGUAGUUUAAUGAGAAAUGUCAGGAAUGGGUAAUAGUAUAGCAUCAAGAUUUGCUUUUCUUUUCAUUGACAUUUACACACUCUUCCUUAACACAUGUUUAUGUGCUGCCCAUUUUUAACUUCUGUGUAUGUGAUGUAGAGACUCCUGCUGGGUGCUGCAUUAGCACCAUUUUGGGGUGAUAGCAUUGAAUAUGAUCUUAUUGGAAGUCUAUUUUUAUUGCUGUGGAUGUCUGCCAAUCUCAGAACAGAAUUCUGAGACCUAUGAGGGGCAGAAAAAUUGUUGGUAUACAUAAUAAUGCCAAAGAAAAGAUAUUUGCAGUAUUAUUUAUAAUAUUUGUUGUAUUAAAGAACACAUCUUGUGGAAAGAAUAAGCUCGUUAUAAGCACUUGUUCUCAGUUGUGAAAUACGAAAGUAAUUAGAAAUAAUUCUUUUAUUCUUUAACUAGACUUAAUGUUUUACAGCACAUGUAGUUGGUACCAUAAGAGAUUAGAAAUAAUGAACUGUAUUGAAAAUGUUUUAAUUUCUAAAUAUCAGAUUAAAUUCAUGCUGUCUUAAAAUAGUAUUAUUACUUGUUAUUCAAGUAAUAUACAAGUACAAAUUUAAGUACUAUGAAGGAGAAGAAGAGAGCAGAAACCUAGCAUGUCUUGUUUGCGGUUUUCCGAAUAAUAGAGCAGUUCCUGGCACAUGGUAAGGGCUCAAUAAAUAUUUGGAGAAUGAAUAAACUGUACUUACUACCAUGUGCAAAAGGAAAAGAAAUAAUGGAAUUUUAUGCCAGUACUUCAGAUAGUUCAUACCUAGGGUUGCCAAAUUUCAGAUUCUUUAAAUUGUACUUGACGAUUAUUGGAUAUUUUGAAGGCCUUGCUAUAAUUGCUGAGUCAAGAAGUCAGAACCAUGAUGGAAUUUGCAUUAGUUGAAUGGGGUAUCUAAGUUUCAUGGGAAGAAAAUUGUCUCCUCUUACACACUUUUGCUUUGAUUUUACAGCUAUGUUUUUAUUCACUCAACAUGUUAGUCCUUUAUUCACCAAAUACUGCCUGAGCACCUUUGCCAAGCACUGUGCUAGGUUCUAAAGAUAUGAAGGUGACUAGGUAUAGUCCCUGCCCUCAAAGAGUUUACAUUCUUCCAGGGAGACAGGUAGUUCCAGUAUAAUGUGCCCAUUUCUAAUAUUGCUGUUCUCUAGAUGUUUUGUAUAUAUUCAAUAUUGGUUGUUGUUGCUUAGCACAAAGAAAAAAAAUAACCUAACCUUUUUUAAAGUUUUUCUUCAUUCUUGGAAAAUUAUUAGGACCUCCACAUAAAAAGAAUGGAAUUAUGCUAAUAAAAAUGUGUACUUUGAACUCUCCAUACAUUCUACUAGAAUUUUUUUUCAUGCAAAUCUAAAUUUUUUUUCUUCCAUUUUCUAGACUAAAUGUGUUAAAUGGGCUUGCCAACAAUAUGGAUGAUUUGAAGAUAAACACCGAUAUUACUGGUGCUAAAGAAGAACUCCUAGAUAACAACAGUUUUAUCUCAGACAAAGAGAGUGGAGUUCAUAAACCAAAAGAUUGUCAGACAUCAUUUCAGAAAAAUAAUACACUCACUCUGCCUGAAGAACUGUCAAAGGACAAAUCUGAAAAAGCCUUAAGUGGAGGCCAGUCUACUCUAUUUAUACAUGCUGGUGCUCCUACUGUUUCUAGUGAAAACUUUAUCUUGCCUAAAGGAGCUGCUGUUAAUGGACCAGUUUCACACUCCUCCUUAGCUAAGACUUCCAGUAUGAAUAAAGGCAGUGUUUCAUUAACCACUGGACAACCUGUGGAUCAGCCAACAACAGAAUCUUGUUCAGCUUUGAAGGUGGCACCUGAUCUUCAGCUAUCUACACCACAGAAAGCAAAUCAACACCAAGUUUUAUUUUUGUUAUCAGAUGUAGCACAUGCUAAGAAUCCAACCCAUUCCAUUAAAAAACUACCUACCUCUGCUUCCGUUGGUUGUGACAUUCAGAAUUCAGUAGGGAGUAGUAUAAAGUCAGAUAGCACUUUAAUAAACCAAGUAGAGGUGGGUGAGGAUAGUGAUGAUUUAUUGGUAAAAGAUGAUUGUGUCGAUACAUUAACAGGAAUCUCCUCAGGUACAGAUGAAUUUAGGUCAGAAAAUGAGACAAACUGGGAUCCCCAAAAAGAGUUCAUUCAGUUUCUUAUGACUAAUGAAGACACAGCGGAUAAAGCUCCAGUUCACUCCAAAGUAGGUCUAGAAAAAAAGAGAAAGCGGAAAAUGGAUGUAAGCAAGAUAACUCGUUACACUGAAGAUUGCUUUAGUGAUUCAAAUUGUGUACCCAAUAAGUCAAAAAUGCUAGACGUAGACUUUCUAGAACAGAAUGAAGAACUACAAGCAAUAGACUCACAGAAAUAUGCAUUAUCAAAAGUGAAGCCUGAAUCAACUGAUGAAGACUUGGAAUCUGUGGAUGCUUUUCAGCAUCUAAUUUAUAACCCAGAUAAGUGUGGCGAAGACAGUUCACCCGUUCAUACUAGCACUUUUCUUUCUAAUACCUUAAAAAAGAAAUGUGAAGAAAGUGAUUCCGAGUCACCUGCUACUUUCAGCACCGAAGAGCCAUCAUUUUACCCCUGUACAAAGUGCAAUGUGAAUUUUAGGGAGAAGAAGCACCUCCACAGGCAUAUGAUGUAUCAUUUAGAUGGGAAUAGCCACUUUCGUCAUCUUAACGUCCCAAGGCCAUAUGCUUGUAGAGAAUGUGGACGGACAUUUCGAGAUCGUAACUCACUUCUAAAGCAUAUGAUUAUUCACCAAGAAAGAAGACAGAAGCUGAUGGAGGAAAUUCGCGAAUUGAAAGAACUUCAGGAUGAAGGAAGAAGUGCACGAUUACAGUGCCCUCAGUGUGUGUUUGGUACCAAUUGCCCUAAAACAUUUGUGCAGCAUGCUAAAACCCAUGAAAAAGAUAAAAGGUACUACUGCUGUGAAGAGUGUAACUUCAUGGCAGUGACAGAAAAUGAAUUAGAAUGCCAUCGAGGCAUUGCCCAUGGAGCGGUGGUAAAAUGCCCUAUUGUCAGUUCUGAUAUAGCCCAGAGAAAAACGCAAAAAAAGACUUUCAUGAAAGACUCUGUUAUAGGAUCAUCCAAAAAAUCAGCUACCUACAUAUGUAAGAUGUGUCCUUUUACGACUUCAGCCAGAAGUAUUUUAAAAAAACACAUGGAGUACUUGCAUUCAUCAUCAUGUGUUGAUUCAUAUGGUAGUCCACUUGGACUUGAUAAAAGAAAAAGUGACAUUCUUGAAGAACCUAUAGAUAUUGAUAGCACUAAACCAUUAAUUAAACAACAGUCAACCACAUUUCCAAAGAACUCUGCUUUAAAACAAGAUGUAAAGCGAACAUUUGGAUCAUCCUCACAAUCAAGUAAUUUUUCCAAAUUCCAUAAGCGUCCACACAGAGUACAAAAAGCUCGGAAAAGCAUUGCCCAGUCAGGUGUAAAUGUGUGCAAUCAAAACAAUUCUCACAAGACUGUUAUGAUUAAAAGCAGCACUGACCAAAAACCUAAGUAUUUCCAUCAAGCAGCAAAAGAAAAAUCUAAUGCCAAGGCGAAUAGCAACUAUUUAUAUAGACACAAAUAUGAAAACUACAGAAUGAUCAAAAAAUCAGGUGAAUCAUAUCCUCUACAUUUCAAAAAAGAAGAAGCCAGUUCACUAAACUCUUUACAUCUGUUCUCAUCAUCAAGUAAUUCUCACAACAAUAGUUUUAUUUCAGACCCUCAAAACUCUGACACGAAAAGGCCAGAAAGCUUCAGAGAACACAGGCGUGUAGCUGUAAAGAGAGUAGUUAAGGAAUCCAAGAAGGAAAGUUCUGUUGGAGGAGAAGACUUGGAUAGCUAUCCAGAUUUCUUGCAUAAAAUGACUGUUGUUGUUUUGCAAAAACUUAAUUCUGCUGAAAAGAAAGAUAGCUAUGAAACAGAAGAUGAAAGUUCCUGGGAUAAUGUUGAGCUAGGUGACUACACUACACAGGCCAUAGAAGAUGAAACCUAUAAUGAUAUUAAUCAAGAACAUGUAAACUUAUUCCCGCUUUUUAAAAGCAAGGUAGAAGGUCAAGAGCCUGGAGAAAAUGCUACCCUUAGUUAUGACCAAAAUGAUGGCUUUUAUUUUGAAUACUAUGAAGAUGCUGGAACUAAUAACUUUUUGCAUGAGAUACAUGAUCCUCAGCAUUUAGAAAACGCAGAAACUUCAUUGUCAAAGCAUAGUUCUGUUUUUCACUGGACUGAUCUGUCUCUUGAGAAGAAAUCAUGUCCUUACUGCCCAGCAACAUUUGAAACAGGUGUUGGGUUAUCAAAUCAUGUUCGAGGACAUCUUCACAGAGCUGGAUUAAGCUAUGAAGCCCGUCAUGUUGUAUCACCGGAACAAAUAGCCACAAGCGACAAAAUGCAACAUUUCAAAAGAACUGGCACAGGGACACCUGUUAAGCGAGUUAGAAAAGGUAAGUUUCCACGUGGAUAA